UUCUCUUUCAGCAAGAUGUCUAUUAAACAGGCUUCAGUUUUUCUGUUGAUACAGCUCAUGUGCUAUAUUAGACCUGGAGCCUGUGGGAAAGUGCUGGUGUGGCCCACAGAAUACAGCCACUGGAUGAAUAUAAAAAUAAUUCUGGAUGAACUUGUCCAGAGAGGUCAUGAAGUCACCGUUCUUGUAUCUUCUGCUUCCAUCCUAAUUGGGUCUAGCAAUGAAUCUUCUAUUAAUUUUGAAAUUUAUUCUGUACCUUUGAGUAAAGAUGAACUUGAAUAUGCUUUUCAAAAUUGGAUAGGAGAAUGGACAUACGAUUUUAAAAAACAUUCAUUUUGGACAUUUUAUUCAAAACUGCAAAAAAUCUUCAGUGAAUAUUCAGACAUCAUUGAAAGUUUCUGCAAAGAAGUAGUUUGGAACAAGAGUCUCAUGAAAAAACUCCAAGGAUCUAAGUUUGAUGUCAUUCUCGCAGAUGGCAUGGGUCCCUGUGGUGAGCUGCUAGCAGAACUGCUUAACACACCUUUAGUGUACAGUCUCCGCUUCACUCCUGGAUAUAAAUAUGAAAAGUACAGUGGGGGCCUUCCGCUCCCCACUUCCUAUGUGCCUGUGGUUCUGUCAGAAUUAAGUGAUCACAUGACAUUUGUGGAAAGGGUGAAGAAUAUGUUACAGGUGCUGUAUUUUGACUUUUGGUUUCAACCAUUUAAUGAGAAAUCCUGGAGUCAGUUUUACAGUGAUGUUCUAGGGAGACCCACAACAUUAACUGAGAUGAUGGGGAAGGCAGAUAUAUGGCUCAUUCGAACCUUCUGGGAUUUGGAAUUUCCUCACCCUUUCUUGCCUAAUUUUGACUUUGUUGGAGGACUCCAUUGCAAACCAGCCAAACCACUGCCUAAGGAAAUGGAAGAAUUUGUUCAGAGCUCUGGAGAACAUGGUGUGGUGGUGUUUUCUCUGGGAUCAAUGGUUAAAAACAUGAAAGAAGAAAAGGCCAAUGUAGUUGCUUCUGCUCUUGCCCAGAUUCCACAGAAGGUUCUGUGGAGAUUUGAUGGUAAGAAACCAGACACCUUAGGAUCCAACACUCGGCUCUACAAGUGGAUUCCCCAGAAUGACCUUCUUGGUCAUCCAAAAACCAAAGCUUUUGUAGCUCAUGGUGGAACCAAUGGCAUCUAUGAGGCGAUGUAUCAUGGCAUUCCUAUUGUUGGUAUUCCCUUGUUUGCGGAUCAACAUGAUAAUAUUAAUCACAUAGUAGCCAAGGGAGCUGCUGUUAAAGUAGACUUCGAAACAAUGUCAACUACAGACCUUCUCGCUGCCUUGAAGACUGUCAUUAAUGACCCUUUCUAUAAAGAGAAUGCCUUGAGAUUAUCCAGAAUCCACCAUGACCAGCCAAUGAAGCCCUUGGACCGAGCUGUCUUCUGGAUCGAGUAUGUCAUGCGCAAUAAAGGAGCCAAGCACCUUCGCCCAGCUCUGCAUGACCUUAGCUGGUUCCAGUACCACUCUCUGGAUGUGAUUGGGUUCCUGUUGGUCUGUGUGGUAGCUGUGGUAUUCAUCAUCGCAAAAUGUUGCCUCUUUUGUUGCCAUAAGACUGCUAAUGUGGGAAAGAAGAAAAAGGAGAAAGCCAUUGUUUCUGAUUAUCUUUGGGCACAGCAAACUUCCAACAAAUAUUCCCUAAAGGGCCUGUGGUGGAGGCUACCCUCCUUCAAUCAAAGGCAUUUUUCAAACGCAGUCACCCUUUGGAAGGUAGGUCUGAAUUCAACCAAGAUGCCUGUGAAAAUGACAGCAGCCCUGUUCCUGCUCCUGCUCCAGCUGAGUGGCUUCUUUGGAUCUGGGACUGGUGGGAAGGUGCUGGUGUGGCCAAUGGAGUUCAGCCAUUGGCUCAACUUAAGGAUAAUCCUAGAUGAGCUUCUGAAGAAGGGUCAUGAAGUGAUUGUUCUGAGACCUUCAGCAUCCUUUUCUUAUGAGGUUGACAACACAUCUGCUAUUGAAUUCGAGACUUAUCCUACAUCAUACUCCUUAUCGGAGUUAGAGGAAUUUUUCUGGGAUUCACUCAGAAAAUAUAUUUACGAGCUGCCAAAGCAGUCAUUUUGGGGAUACUUCUUAAUGUUGCAAGAAAUGGUUUGGGUAGAUUCAGAGUAUCAUGAAAGUCUCUGUAAAGAUGUAGUUUUCAACAAAGAACUCAUGACAAAGCUACAAAAAUCAAGGUUUGAUGUGAUCCUGGCAGAUCCCUUCAUACCCUGUGGUGACCUGCUGGCUGAAGUUCUCAAGAUCCCCCUCGUGUACAGUCUCCGCUUCUUUCCUGGCUCCACUUAUGAGAAGUACAGUGGGGGACUCCCACUGCCUCCUUCCUAUGUGCCUGUUGUUAUGUCAGAAUUGAGCGAUAGAAUGACUUUCAUGGAGAGAGUGAGAAACGUCAUCUAUAUGCUGUGUUUUGACUUUUGGUUCCAAACAUUUAAUGAGAAGAAGUGGAAUCAGCUUUAUACUGAUGUAUUAGGAAGACCCACAACACUCUCAGAGACUAUGGCAAAAGCAGAUAUAUGGCUCAUUAGGACCUACUGGGAUUUGGAAUUUCCUCAUCCUGUCUUACCAAAUUUUGAUUUUGUUGGUGGCCUCCACUGCAGACCUGCCAAGCCCCUGCCUAAGGAAAUAGAAGACUUCGUCCAGUCAUCUGGAGAACAUGGUGUUGUGGUGUUUUCCCUGGGGUCCAUGGUGGGUAGCAUAACGGAAGAAAGGGCCAAUGUGAUUGCAGCAGGCCUUGCCCAGAUUCCACAGAAGGUGAGUUACCGUGUAUCAGCAAUAAAUCCUCACUGUCAUCCCAAAACCAGAGCUUUUAUAACUCAUGGUGGCACCAAUGGCAUCUAUGAGGCGAUCUACCACGGGAUUCCUGUGGUUGGCAUUCCUUUGUUUGGAGACCAAUAUGACAAUAUUGUUCACUUGAAGGCCAAAGGAGCAGCUGUUAGACUGGACUUUCUCACAAUGUCCAGUACAGAUUUGCUCACUGCACUGAAGACAGUCACUAAUGACCCUUCCUAUAAGGAGAAUGCAAUGCGGUUAUCAAGGAUUUACCAUGAUCAGCCAGUGAAGCCCCUGGACCGAGCAGUCUUCUGGAUUGAGUUUGUCAUGCGUCACAAAGGAGCCAAGCACCUGCGUGUGGCAGCCCAUGACCUCAGCUGGGUCCAAUACCACUCUCUGGAUGUGAUUGGGUUCCUGCUGGCCUGUGUGCUGACUGUAUUGUUCAUCCUCACAAAGUGUUGUCUCUUUUGUUACCAGAAGUUGACUAAAGCUGGAAGGAAGAAGAAAGGGGAGUAGUUGAACUGGGGAAGACUGACACAUGGACCUUUCCAGUGCAUCACAGUAAGGGAGGCAAUGAUGUAGGGUCCUUCAUCUAAGACAAGCUAGGUUUUCAAUAAUUAUGUAUCAAUAAAAAGAUAGGUUUUUGUCUCCCAGAGAUUUAAUAAUUCUUUAAGAAUUAGUAGUAUUUCGGCAAAAGAUAAAAUUGAAAGGGAAACAGUAAAAUUAAUACCAUCAACAUGAAUACACAACAAAAAUUUUAAAAAUUCAUUUCUGCAGCGUAAAAGUUAAACCAAAGAAUGUUACAGCUGAAGAUCUGGCUCCAUGGUCUAACCAUUUGUCAGGCAAGGCUUCCUCCUUGAUUUUUGAGGAACUCUUAUAAAAUCCAUAUCCAGUAGCGUCUAUAACUCUAGUAUGAGAAAACCAAGUGAUCUGAAACAGAGCCAGGAGAAUUACCUGAAGCUCUCAGGCCAACUAGCCUGGUCUUCAACAAGAAACAGCCUGCCUCAUAGAAUGUGGAAGGGACACUAACACCGAAAGCUGUACUUUGACAUCUGAACAUUUGUGCCAUGGCAUAGGUAAGGCCCACUCACAAAUUCAUAAGUGUAAGGGUGUAAUUAGACACAUGUGUGCAGGCUUUAUAUAAACACACACACAUAGAUAACACACCACUUAUAACUCACAAUUUGUCUGUGGAUACACCAUAAGUAAGAAGCCCACAAUUUUACAUGGUUUUGCAAGUAUUGAACAAGCUUUAACUUUAUUUAUUGCAGACUUUACAGGAUGAAUAUCUAGGUAACAUGUUCAGGUUUGGAGCUGUGUGAAACCUGUAACCCUACAUUUGUCUUUAGAAAACUUGUACUUUUCCAGACUCUCAUGUGGUGCAGUUAGCCUCUGAAUGACCUCUUCCUUAAAGGACCUACCAAGAUUGGACUUGGGGCUGGGGAGAUGGCUCAGCAGUUACUAACUAGCUCUUCUUCUAGAGAACCCAUAUUCCAUUCCUAUCACCCACAUGGUGAUGAUUCAGGACCAGCUGUAACUCAGGUGUUACUAUGGAAUCUUUCACCUUCUCUGGCCUCUCUUGGUACUUCAGAGACACAUGGAAGCCCACAUACACAUAAAAUAAAAUUUAGGAUUAAAGACAA